UUCCGUGUGUGUAUGUGUAACUGAACAAGUGUGUGUGUGACAUUAAACUGCGAUGGACUGGCAUUUCAUCCAUUGUGUGUUUGGGGUCACUUUGCGACCCUGCAUUUCCCAUUGUGUGAGUGUGUAAGUACUCCAAUACUGCAUGUCUAGCGUUGCAAGUCUUUUUGGACAUUUGCACAUCACUCGGUGGGAAAAUAAUUGCUUAAUUCAUAAUUUAAAAGAUAAAUAACAGAUGUAGGAGGGAUGUUUGUUAUAGUGCUCUGAUGUCUCUCAAAAAAAGCCUUCAUUUCAGUUUCUGACAUUUGGCUUAAAAAUGUAGGUAUUCUUCUAUGUACACAACUUAAAAAUGUACUUGUUGUAUGUAGUGUGUAGACAAGCAUACAGUCCGCAUACACAUGUAAAUAUCAGUGCAUUUGUAUUUUUGUUUUGCAUUCAUUUUUAAUAGGCAAGCUUGAGUUAAAUAGCGUGCAGCGCUUUAUGAAUCGUGAAGAUGGUCUUUUCCCCUGCAGAAAGAGCUCAAAAUGAUAAGCGAUCUGCAAUCGAGGGAGUUGAAUUAGACGUGUGUAUGCGUUUAUGAGUCUGAGGUGGGGGGUUGAUCAGUUUCCCAGAAACACACCACUGUGGCGCCGUACGCCUUCGCCGCCGGGGGGCUUUGUCUCCGUAUUGUGCCAUCGGCUGCCCCACCCUCUUAAAGGGGCUGCGCGUCCCUCCUAUGGACUUCCCUUUCAGACAAAGGGCGGCGUGGCGCCUGCACCUUUAAAAGCCUUUUUGAAAGAUUAAAAAAGUUCCAGUUAGUUCCGUUACCCCUUCACUUUGUCUGAGAGACGUGAGGAAGAACGUUUUCUCAGUUUUCGUGUCACUGUCUCCUAGAGUGAUUUGUUUCUGUGUUCUGUUUUACCGAUCAAAGGCUAAAGGCCAGUCCCAGCACCUCCCCCAUCCAGCUGCGCUGGGCCUCAGACCGAGCCAAGGCGGAGGAUACUCUCGUUACCCGCAUCUCGCAGCUGCCGCACGGCCAGUUGGACAAAAGAGUCCCGACGGCGUGGACUGAGGAGGAGGAGCCGAGGCAACACGACGAGCCUAGUGAAGAACUCGGUCCCGGCGUCACUUCCCGCUGCUGCUGAAGGGGGUGGAGUCUGAGAAGAAGAGCGGAGCAGCCCCUGAAGAGAGAGAGAGAGAGAGAGAGAGAGAGAGCGAGCGAGCGAACCAGGCGGGGCGAAACCGAGCGAGAUAGAGAGGCAGCUCCUCGUGCUUAAGCCCAGUGAUCAUGUGUCAGUCGAGCCUGCAGCGGCCUCCGUGGAGCUCGGGGAAAUGGUGAGAUGCUGCAGGUCUUUGCACAGCCCUUCGUCUUGCUACAAUCUGCACAGAGUGAGAGUUGAUGUGCGUAGACUGCGGCUGCAGGGCCGCAGGGCUGCUGGGGAGCAGGGGGCCGACAGCGGCACCGCUGGGCCCGGCCGAGGCGCCCCGGGGGCCCCCGUGCUCAGCCAGAGGACCCGAUUCAGGUUGCAGUUCCCCCAGCUGGCCUUGCGACGGCGUCUCGGUCAGCUGAGCUGCAUGUCCCGGCCGGCCUUGCGGCUGCGCUCAUGGCCGCUCUCCUUCCUCUACUACUUCCUGCCCUUCGGUGCCCUCAAGCCUCUGGCCAAGGCGGGUUGGAGGCCAACCAGCAGGGUCGCUCUGUAUAAGUCCAUCCCAACACGGCUGCUGUCGCGCGCCUGGGGCCGCCUCAACCAGGUGGACCUGCCCACUUGGCUGCGAAAGCCCAUCUACAGCCUCUACAUCUGGACCUUCGGGGUGAACAUGAAGGAGGCGGCCGUAGAAGACCUUCAUCACUACAGGAAUCUCAACGAAUUCUUCCGGCGUAAGCUGAAGCCCCAGGCCCGGCCCGUCUGCGACUCGCACUGCGUGAUCAGCCCAGCCGAUGGGAAGAUCCUCCACUUUGGGAAGGUGCGCAACUGUGAAGUGGAGCAGGUGAAGGGUGUGACCUACUCCCUGGAGACCUUCCUGGGCCCACAGACGUGGACGGAAAGACUGGCCCCCAAGAAGAAAGAGGAGGACCUGACGUCCUUCCAGGAUCUGCUGGUGACCAAAGAGGGGAAUGAGCUCUUUCACUGCGUGGUCUACUUGGCGCCUGGGGACUACCACUGCUUCCACUCGCCCACUGACUGGAGGGUGGCCCACCGACGCCACUUCCCAGGUUCCUUGAUGUCUGUGAACCCAGGCGUGGCUCGAUGGAUUAAGGAGCUCUUCUGUCACAACGAGCGCGUAGUUCUGAGUGGCGAGUGGACCUACGGCUUCUUCUCCCUAACAGCUGUUGGAGCCACCAACGUGGGCUCCAUCCGCAUCUACUUCGACAAGGAGCUGCACACCAACAGCCCCCGCUACAGCAAAGGCUCCUACAACGACUUCAGCUAUGUCUCCACCCUCAACCAGGAGGGCGUGAACAUGCGCAAGGGCGAGCACCUGGGCGAGUUCAACCUGGGCUCCACCAUUGUGCUGCUCUUCGAAGCCCCGCGUGACUUCAACUUCAGCCUGAAGCCGGGCCAGAAGAUCCGUUUCGGCGAGGCGCUGGGCACCAUAUGAGGGGGGUGCUCGGGGAAAGACGCGGACUGACGCCCCGGGGGGCUGGGGGGGGGAGGCGUCCGGCUGACGCGCGCAGACCGAAACGCGCACGGUGCGGAAACCCGGGCGCCCCGGAGAGCGGGCGCACGCGCACACCGACGCAGUUACGGCAGUACCCGGCUAACCGAUUUCCAAAACGCUUUGCCACUGCUGCAUUAUCACCUGGAACUUCCCACCGUUUCCUGAAGGUUUUAUGUUCAGUGUUGUUUCCUUAAUCACCCUGUACCAGUCCAGUACAUUAACAGUAGGAGUCGUCUUUUUACACAGACUUAGCACAAAAUGCCAUAAUAGCCGUUAUUGAUUUUUGUCAGUGUUUGUCGUUGGUGUCGGGUUUUUGUUUUUGUUUUUUAAAUCCACAAUGCCUUUGUCGAGAUUACUCUGUCUUUGGUGAGACUCUAUGGGACCCAGACAUGAACACGCGCAGAACUGUGGUGCGCCCGUAGACUCGCACACGUUCCCCCCGGCGUGUGUACGGUGAUCCCUGGCAUGCCCACGAUGGGGAGCUUUCGGGGUCCAGAAGCAAGGGAUGAAUGUACCACCAAACUUCAUGCUAUGCUGCACUUCUACUUCUCUCCGCCUUCUCUUCACUGUGUGGGAUUUCUAUGUUUUUUUUUUUUUUUUUUUUUUUCUUCCCCCAGUCCAGUCUGGUUCUCUCCACUUGCUUCUCGCUCAAGCACUGACUUCCCGGCUUCUUUGUGUUGGACUGAGCAGCCAGUAAAGAACCAGGACAAAGCAGAAGUCACUCCUCCCCUGGUGCGGUAAAUCACAGUAAUGCGUAACAGAACAAACCUGUGUUGUUAAAAAAAAAAAAAAACAUGUUACCAUCACAUCACUGCCAUGUACUAUUAGCUUUAAUAUUGUUGUCUUGGUCACGUUAGACCUUUUCGUCAUAGACUCAGAGGUGUGCUGGCAUCAGCUAACACUGCAGGUGCUCCUGCAGAUACAUGCAACAGUCCUGGUUGUCUGCUUCACGUUCUGUGUCACCCUCAUUGGUGGCCGCUGCAAGUUCAGUCGCGUGACUUAUUAGAACCUGGGUUUUUGCUCUCAAAGAGAGGAUAUCAUAGAUGGAAUUGCCAUGACUCCCAGUGCGCACCUUUCACUGCAAGCGCGGUAGAUUGUGGAUAUUACCAGUUGUUUACUGCAGUACUAAACAAUUACAGUUCAGCUGUACAAGAAAUCAGUGCCAAUUAACAUUUUGUUUUUGAGAACUAUAUAUUUUUUCCUGGUUUGUCAUUUGCAAAGGUGUGUAGUGAGCGUGUGUGAGUCCGUCCAUAUGACAUCCCGACCAUAACUGGACAGUCACAACUAACCUUUCACUUUCUUCUUUGUUUGUUUGUUUGUUUGUUUGUUAUAAAGUGUUUCAGUGAGGGAUACUUUGAUGUGCAGCUGAGUCUCAAACUUGUUCACUAUACGUUCGUGGUGGCAAUGGUUGUUUUCAGUGAAAACAAAGCCCCCUGAUAUCACUGUAAUAUUGAUGUAAAUGUCGACGAUGAUAAAUUAUGAGUUAGGAUAGAGGUGCGAAUACCCAUGGACUGAGCCUGUACAUGCAGAUAUUUUAUAACUGUAUGUUUUCUUUUUCUAUCGUAGUGCCAAACAAAUGGAAGCCGUCAUUUUGGUUCCUUCCUUUUGUAUUAUGCACUGUUGCAAAGGUAACUGCAUUACUGUGUGUACAUGUAAAGCAGGCCGUGUCAUUCUGCGAAACAGCGGGAAACUCAGUUGUGUCCAUUGGAGGGCAGUGAUUGGGUGCUGGACAAUAGUGGAGGGGGGGGGGGUCACUGCCCAAGGUGUUAUACACAGAAUUCAAACUAUGAGGACGGGAGGUGGGCUGUCUUCCCUGACCAGAGAGAGCUGCACUUGUUUUUAUAGAUAAGAUACUUGAAUCAUUUGACCCAUUUAACACUGCAUAGACUAUUAAUUUUAAAGCUGCAGAGGAAAAAAAAAGAAACCAAUGAAAAUGUCAUUAAUAAAUUUUUGCCUAUUCUUUAAAUAAUAGUGUCAGAUUUGUGAGUCCAGCUCCCCUUCAUCUUUGGGAAUUGUGCUUUGGUAAAGACAUGUUUUAAUGAAGUACGGCGUAAGGAAUAGAAAUAUAUGGAAAAAUGUAUAGUUCCAUUCAUUAUUAACUAUCGCUCUACUGGGUCACGGUGGUGUGGAGCUUGUCCCAGAAACAGGUUGUGAGACGGGUCACUGUGGACAAGACACCGGU